CCUCAGCCUUGUACGUUUUAUAAAAGCAGUUUCGCCAAACAAUCCUCACUUCAUACUUCAUUUGUUCUGUUCUAGUAAACAUUGGCUACUUGAUCGUGCAGUUAAUUCGCCGAUAAAAACGUAUCUGGUCUUUCGUGGUACAGGUUAAUUUUCCGUACAGCCCACAUAUGUCUCAGCUAGUGCCGUUUUUGAAUUUCGGUUUGGAUUAUUCGGAGUGUGCGGACAACUCGGACUUUUUGUACAGCUAUCGGUUUCCAGAAAAAAGCAAAAUGUUCAUAAAUCUCGAAGGUCUGAAUUCAGGAGUGCCUACGCGAACGACGCCGACCCUUACCCCAACAACUUUACGAAACAUCGAACAAACUUUUAUAGAACUUCAAUCAAAGCCAGAAUCGCAUGAGAAUGAGGCGGGAUUCGUACCACCUUUAGUGCAUUCUGUUGGCAAUAACAAGUACAUUUCGGCUUCUGAUGCCGAUACGUUCUCGUCGAAAUCACAACCGAUCUGGCAUAGUUCCGUAUCGCAAUCGAGCUCGGACUGCGAUACCCGUUCGACGCCCCCCCUUUCGCAAAAAAGCAGCAGCCAGACUCGUCGGAAUAUGGGCGGCAGGAAACCCGCAAAAAAUCUCGACUGUAGUCCCGAAGAGGAGGAACGCAGGCGGAUCCGAAGGGAGCGCAACAAGGCCGCAGCGGCGCGGUGCAGAAAGCGUCGGGUCGACCAUACAAAUUGUCUCAUAGCGGAAACCGAAGAGCUGGAACACAAAAAGGCCCUUCUGCAGGACGAAAUGCAUGAGCUGCAAACUCUCAAAGACCAGUUGGAAUGCCUUCUCGAAACCCACCGAGCUUCCCCGCACUGCCGCCUGCACACCCGCAGCCCCCCCGACAUCAAACCCUUCAACAACAACCAUUACGAACCCGAACGAGUGAAGACGGAACUGAUUGACCAGGUGAACGGAGACUGCUUCCUCCUCCCCUCGCCGAAAAGGGUCAUGCUCAGCUCUGCCGCGCCAGUCUGCAAGCCCAGCAGACCAAACACCCUCAACGUCGGAGCGAUAGCGCCGAAGAGCAUCUCGGACGUGAUAGGAGCCCCCAUUUCGACGCCAUCUACCGGUAUGAUAUUCAACUUCGAAUCUCUGAUGGGCGGAGGCACGGGACUCACCCCCGUUUCGACACCCCUAGUGCCAUCCUGCAGCAGCCAGCAGAGGAAUAUUCCGUCGAGCAGCCAUGAUGUGAUGUCACAAACUGGAGAGGAAAAUUUUGUGUUCCCAGGAUCAUCAGAUUAUUUUUCGUCAUCAGUAUUUGGCAGUUCAGUUGUUUUGUGAAACAAAAGCAAAUUUACCGCUGAUCUCAAGCAAUAAUCUAGUCUGGCGAAAGAAUCAACGCCAUCAUAAACAAACUUCUGAAAUGGAAGUCCUCAAAAUUCAUUUUCCAACGAUGUAUUCAGUUUGUUCUUCAAUGACUACGUAAAAUGGGUUUUCAGUUACUGAGGAAUUUUCAUCUGUUCUGCUGUGGUCCCGAUUAUUAGUAUUUUUUAUUAUGAGUCUGCCUGUAUGAGUACUGGCUGCUUUUUAUAUUAGAAAAACUUUUGAAUAUUCAAGCCAAUUUUGCUUUUCUGAAAAAGCAUUCAUUAUAAGUUGAAGUGAUAUUGUUCGACUUUAUGAAUAAUAUCGAAUAUAUCUCCAAAAUUAUUGUGGCUUGUGCAACUGUUUUAGGAAUUUACCUGUUAUUUUUUGAGGUAGCUUUUCCUGUCUCCGUUUGAGCCUCAAAUAAUUAUAAUUUGUUAUUUUAGGGAUAAUACUUAAUGAAAGCUUAGCCGAAAACGAAAGUUGGACUGUAGUAAAAAAUUUGAACAACUCGUCUGGGAGAUAGUAUUAAAACGUGUCCAAUGCUUUACCAUGUUUAGUCCCCAAGCAAUCCUAAACCAAAAAUUAUUUAUUACUAAGUAUUAGCAAUGUUUUGUGUCAUUUUAGUUCGUAUGUAUAUUUAUUUGAAUAUUUUUGUGUUUCGUAUAGUCAGUUGUGUCUGUGGUCAGAUUUGUGUGAGCAAAUGACCAUUCAAUAAUUAUCAUUUGACUAAUUUUUUGUCUGCAGAUUUGACUGGCUAUUUUUUUGUAAAUAAGUGCUAAACAUGGACCAAUAUUGUUGAUAAAAAGUGCUCAAAAGUUUCAUUACGCUCU